AUGCUUCCAUUAUCAUAUGUCCCAUCCUCUAUGAAUUAUCCAUAACUCAAUCUUUAAUAGUUCUAUAUGCUUCCAACUACCACUUAUACAAUACAAACUCUCAAAAAAUAAACUCGUGAUUAAGCCUCCUAAUUCCCAGAGACUAACUUAUUUGAAUCAUAACUAAUCAAUAACAAUAUGAACUUUGAAGAAGCAGCUGAAAAAGAAUUAAAAAUGUUAAUCAAAUACCUAUCUAAACAUAUUUCCUUAUUAAAAGAUAGUAUAUUUGAUAAGUUUGUGUUUGAAAAUUUAAAAGUAUAUCAUCUUAUAUAAAUCGUAGAUCUUGUCAUCCUUAUAAAAAGACCUUCCAGACAUGAUUAAAUAAAGAUAUAUCUUAAUUAAUAAAACAAAAGAAGAAAUGACCAAAUUUAUUAUCAGGAGAUGCUUUCUCUUUAUCAAAAGUGAAAUUGAUUAUAAAGAAAAAGAAGGAAUUACAGCUGAAGAAAGGGAUAAAAUAUUUUAUAAUUCUUUCUUUUCUGAUGAUUAAGAAUUCAUGAAAUCUCAUUAACAAGAAUCUUUUGAUGAUAUGAUUCCAUUUAGAAAAGAUUCGAAGAUGAAAACCAUGAAUGAUAUUUAUUUAAAAAGAUUAUUUGAGUCAAAAAGGUUCUCCAAAUAUUAUACUUAAUUUUUAAGUAUUCAUUCAUUUAAAUAAAUAGUUCAAUUCAAGAAUAUAUGCUUAGAUGAAAAUGAAGAGAAAUUAGAAAAUAUGACUAAAUAAUUGAUCAAAAUCAUCAUGGUUAGAGAUUAUGAAGUAUUUUUUAAAUUUAUUUUUAAUAGAAAAUUAAAACUUAUAAGAGAUUUCCCUGGAAGGAUCAUGAGUUAAUCAUAUGUGAAGAAAGAGCAAAAGGAAUAUUUUCAAAAUAUUCAAAUUUUCAUAUUAAUAGUAUUUAUUUAUUCAAAUUAGGAUGUAAAAAUAAAUAUCUUUCAAAAUGUGAUUCUCAUAAGUCAGAUUUUGUUGAAAAGUCCUCUGAAUAUUAAAAUUGA